CCGGCAUAGUGCAUGUUUUUUGUUUUUUGGUUAUUUUGAAUGUGCAUCGAGUCCGAUGAAGCCGACAUUGGAAUGUCUCUGGGAUCCGAGGACUGAUUUAACUGCUUUAUUUUCUGAGAUUGAGAGAGGAAGGAAAUGGGAAAUUCACUGGGCUGUGUUAAGGAGCCGAAAGAGUCCAUAGCUGUUCCUGGGAAGGCUCCCAUAUCUCCUAAGAAGAGGGUUCGGUUCAAAAGGAAGUGGAGAGGGAAGAAACUCCUUACUCCAGAAGCAUCUCACAGGGAGGACACGUUGGAAGGCACUGGAGUCAUCGAAGAGACCGAAACCCUAAGGAAGUUAACAGCGAGUCUCCCAAAGGAGCCCGGAGUGGGAGGGGCAGAGCACCCCCCAUCAGACAUUUUCCUGCCUGGAGACUCAGCUCCCAACUCAGGGGUGGGCGAUCAAGGGAUGAUUGUGCAGGUAAAGGAGAGCUUCCAAGCAGAGAUCCAGACUGCUCACCUUUUGUUAGAGAAUGAGUCAUCAGUUGUUGGAGGGGUCUGGGAGUCCCUGGAAGAGGGUAUGACAGUCAUUGCUCACCUGCUUGAUAACCCAGCAGAAAGGAAUUGUGAGAAGUCUGUGAGCCAACUGGUGGAAUUUCCGAGGACAGCAUCCUGCAGCAGCAGGGCUGUGCUGCUGCCUUUGCAGGGAGAGACUGCAGUGGAGCAGGGAGGCACUCGGCUCAGACAUCGACAUCGGAGCAGCACUUUGCCUCAGACAGAUUACCCCUCUGGCACAGUAGAUCAAGACCAACCUUCAGAGGGCUGGAGUGUGGGGGGAAGAACCAAGAGUGUUCCAAGUGCCCCUCCCACAGGUUCUUGGAUUGCUAAGUGUUCUGUUGCUUCAUCAAUACCAAAACAGCCAGGAGACCCUAUUCACACACAGCCUACCCAUGGAGGUCUUGUGUCCCGCAAGGGUCCCAUAAUGCCUGUUUCUCAGAGUGAUUUAUCUGUCAGUGGCAUCACUGUGAGCAUUUUGCCAUCCUCCUCUGGCUAUGGCAGCGAUGGGCUGCGACUGCAUGGGAUCCGGCCUGAAGAUACAGAACCUGAAAAGACCUCCACACCCUUCUCAGAAGAGGAUGGUACCCUGUCUUUGGAGGCAAGCCAUACUGAUCGUGGGGUCUGGAGGAGGUGGAUGGUGUAUUUGGGGUAAUCAAACUGUCUUUUGGAUUUCCUGCCUCUCAGGCAUAUUGAAGUGGAGUGUGGU